AUGUUUGACGAGUCUCUUUUGGAAUUUGAAGAGUCUCUCUCCAGCAUAGGCUCCAGCCACGAGCUUUUGCGCAACAACACCGAUCUCAAAGUGGACUUGAACCGUUUUUGCUCCUCGUCGCUAGGCCACAAAGGUUUCUCCGAACAAGAGCUUUUCUCCUUCUUCACAAACUACGACUACGAGUCUGACGAUGUCACCGUAUGCUACUCUUGCGGCAACCUUGUCGGUUCUUCCAGUAAAGACUGUUGCCGCGCAUAUGUCGCUGACCAGAAACUCGGCUUGCGUUCUCUGUUUGAGAAAAGCUACUGGACGUCCUUCUUUGAAAACCCAUACAAAACCAUCUUGGCGCUCCCCAACUACACGAAAAUGUGUUUUCUUCAGUGCGGAAUGCCUGUGCAACUUCGUUCCAUAGUGUGGCAGCGGUUGAUUCUCAUCAGCCAAACAAACCAGACAGAAAUUCCCGAAGUUUCGCUCAUGUUGUUCAAGAACUUUCAACACUCCUACAACAAGAGCAUCUCCAACCAAAUCAACAAGGACUUAUCAAGAACUUUCCCCUCUGUGGCUUUUUUCCAAAGAGAAGAUACUAUUCAAGGUCUUCUUACCAUUUUAAAUGUCUACGCCAACUAUGAUUUGGACCUCGGCUACUGUCAAGGCUUGCUCUUCUUAGUUGGCACUUUAUACCACCUGUUCAGACAGCAGGAGUUCACUUUCCACGCCUUGUGCAAAAUCAUGGAGUGCGAGCCCGAACUACGCGGCAUAUUUGUCCCACUGACCAUGUCGUCUAUUUUGAACAAGUGGAACGACGAGUUUUCUUCGAUAUUCUCUCGCAUCGACCCGGAAUUGGCCCAGCAUCUUGCCUCUUUCUGCGACUGCAAAGUCUUUUUGUACCAGUGGUGGCUUUCCUUUCUGUUGAUCCAUUCACCAGGCAUGGGGAUCAAUCAGCGCAUUGUUGAUCUUUGCCUUUUGGAAGGGUGGAAAGUCGGUAUCUUCAAAAUCUCCAUGGGCUUGUUGGUUUGCAACAAACCAAUUCUCAUGUCUUUUGGUGAAGGUGACGAGGAAGUUGUCUACCAGCACCUUUUGAACGAGUCUAAAUGGGGCAACAUUGUGAACAGCUUGACGAGUUUUUUCGCUGACCACAUGUCGUCCUGGGACGCCAGCUUAUUUACUUUCAAGAAAGCUGCCCCUGCAAAAACGCACAAGAGAACAGCUACUGCCACAGUCAUUGACGCGUUCAAGAACUUCACAGUCUCUGGGCCUGGAUCUGCAGUCUCCGGCCUCGUCUCUUCUGGAUCUUCAGGAUCCGGCUUUUCUGAACCUCGGUCUACCGGAUCUGUCUCUUCUGCGUCGUCCACCUUCAGCACAGGUAGCUCUCGCAUAGUUGAUACCAGAGUGAACCGGUCAUCUCUGACAGUUUCAACGUCUUCAAGGACAGACUUGGAUUCUGUUUACUCUGACGUUCACAGCACAUGCUCUUCAGAAACCCACCGGUCUUUAGUUGACCUGUUGAAAGUCCCAGGCCGGAAAACGUGCGAGGACACAGCUUCGAUCGCUUCUCGAAACGAAAUGGACAUUUUGGUGCUGGAGAAUCAAGUGUUGAAAUUUCUCUUGAAGAAAGCAUGCUCACAGUUGAGCGACCCGCAAUUGAAGAAUGAGAUUCUCCAGGCGGUGGAUUUGGAUACCAUAUAG